AUGGCAGGUCAACCAGAUGAUAAGAUGCCGAUAGCCGCGGAUGUCGUCCAUAUCAAGAUAGCGUCGAAAACACAACUUGCGGCAGUCUACAGCAGCGACGGACUCGCAAGCUCACGGCUGGCGCGUGAAAAGGUGGAGGCAAUUACGGAGCAGGGUGUAUCAUCGCGGGACGUAAUAGGCCAGAGGAGUACCACUGAAGCGCUGGCUGCCCCUCAAUCAAUCCAGUCUUUCAAGCACUUCAAUAGGCCCAAUCAGGCAUUCUGGAGAGUCGGUCAAGCGGGUUUGGGACUGCCGAUAUGCAGGGUCACGUAA